AGAUCCUGGCUAUUGAAUGCCCAAAAUAAAGAAACCAGAUUGGUAAUUUCUUCCUCCUCCGUCUGGUAAACUGUUUGAAACUUUGGAUCUUUUCGCGUAGUAUUCCAGUGUGUGUUUGAAGCAUAAAUUGAAGUGCCCAAUUCAGUUCUCUCACUCAAUGACCAUGUCAAGAAAAGCAACAAACUUGGGGCUUCCAUUGAUGAAUCUGGUAAGAUUCAGAGGAGUACCCAUUUUGGAUCAACUUCAUUUAGAGGAAAAGCUUCUCAGAACCUCUUCUGAUAACUGGUGUAUUAUAAACGAUGGAACAAAUUCCCCUGCUAUAGUCAUGGGGAUUUCUGGGAAGCCUUCAGAACUACUUGACUUAGGAUCCGUGUUGCAAGAUCAUGUUCCUGUAAUUAGAAGGUUUACUGGGGGUGGCACUGUAAUUGUUGAUAGAGGGACUAUUUUUGUUACUCUCAUAUGCAACAAGGAUGAUGUUCCUGGAGUGCAACCAUAUCCUCGUCCUAUCAUGUCUUGGAGUGGUUUGUUGUAUGAUGAAGUGUUUCGGGGGAUUGGUGACUUCCAGCUUCGUGAGAAUGAUUAUGUGUUUGGUAUUAAAAAGUUUGGCGGCAAUGCUCAAUCUAUAAUAAAAAACCGAUGGAUACAUCACACUUCUUUUUUAUGGGAUUAUGAGGGGAAGAAUAUGGCAUACCUGAAGAUGCCUGCUCGGGCUCCAAAAUACAGAUCGACAAGAGACCACACUGAUUUUGUCUGUCGAAUGAAGGAAUAUUUAUCAAGAUCAGAAUUCAUAGAGAGAACCGUGAAAGCUCUUGAAACACAUUUCUUAAUAGAACCCAUAACCUUGGAGGGAUUCAAUGCAUCCAACGAAUCAGCAUUCAUUCCCUCCACAAGGCUUCUCACAAAGCAAGAACUCGAGGAUGCAUGUGAAUCUCAGCUACUGACCAUGGGUUGCACUGGUCAAUAAGAGAAUGUUUAUACACUGGAUACAGAUUGAUCCUAAAUUAUAAUGUCGCAUUUGAGUGUAAUUCUUUCUAUUGAUAUUUUGCAAUUUGAAAAUUUCAUCA